UUGUGUUUUUCGAGUGCGUCUAUUUUUCGUCUUAAGUUUUAUAAAGAUAAAAUAAAAGUAAAUUUAAAGGACUUAAAAUUUAAUACGUUUUAAUCUCUUCUAGGUGUUCAGAAUGAUGCCACCGAAGUUCUUGGUAUUGGUCUUGUUGUUUUUGGGUUCAUUCAUAGUGCGAUGUGAAGUCAUAAAUAAGUAAACCACUGUAUUAUAAUUAUAUAUAUUCCGACAGUUAAACACGUUUAAUGGAAAAAAUAUCUAAAGAGGCGUUCGUGAGUUCGUCGUGAAUACAACUAAAUGGAUUUGACAAAAUAUCUUUAACGCAGAAGUUGCAAUUGGAAAAAUAACUAUACGAAUAAAAGUAUGUAGUUAUAUUAAACUCUUAUUAAACAUGAACCUAUUAACAGCCAGCUUAAAACGAUCCGCUUUGGCGAAUACAGACAUAAAACUGUUGUAUCCAUGGAGCGGGAACUUCAUUAAUCCAGUGUCAUUGUGGUUCCAGGAACGAUUAUAUCACUGUGAUAAGACACACAAGUAGUAUGCUCUUUAACGUCAUUGUCAAGCUUUUGUCACUUAAUAUACAAUAUACCUCGUAAGAUGUUUGAUCAUGUUGACGUUUGACAACUGCGUUUCAUGAAAUGAACAAUAAAAUCGCAGUUGCAUGCAAUAAAACCGCUCCCUGUGAAGAUAAUGCCAUGGUUUGUGAUGGUGGAUACUGCCACAUACAGCCGGGUCAAAGUUGCACCUUACAAAGUACAUCAACAACUGUGACCACGCCUACUACAAUAACGAUUACGAUGAGCGCCGGCAGACGAAAACGCAGUGCAGACCAACAAGAGUGUGUUUCAAAUGCAAGUUGUGAGCUAAACGAACAAAAUGCACAGAUGUGCACGUGUAACAAAGGCUACUCUAAAGGCAAUGGAUUGUGUACAGGAAAUGGCGCGGACAAUUUGAGAGGGGCGGUACAUUCGGUUAUCAUGUUGAUAUCUGUGAUGCUGUAUCUCAUCUAGCAAACUUCUUAAGAGUGUAUCAGCAGUCAAUUUUCUCGUUGGUAUCCACUGGUAUAUUUACAGUAUAUCCAGAAGUUUACAUUAAUACACGUAACAACUUACUUAUGUUUAUACAAAUAAAUUAUGAUUACACAAACUGACUUGAAUGCAAAAGGGCAAAAACGAUAGAAACGAAAUUCUGCCAACUUAUAUGCUAAACGAUGAUUUCUUAAACACACAUUUGAGAAUUCGAGCCUUAUCACAGAAUUCGAGCCUUGGAUAUGCAAAAUAUUGCAACUUUAUCUGGAUUUGAAAGUGCCUGUGCCCUGUGUCCACAUAAUAUGUAAAUGAGAUUGUAUAUGUAUUGGAGUUCCGGUUUCUGCGCAUGCCUGAUGAAGCCGUUGUGCCGACCAACCGGCAAUGCCAGGUCAACCAGAACAGUGUGAUCUUUUGUAUGCGCUUGUGCACAACUUUUGGCCGGUUUUUAUUUUUUGAAUAAAAAAAUCUCAAAACA